AUGGCGGCGACCUCAACAGGACGUGUUUUGACACUUUGCAGACAGUUUCAAAACGCUUUUAGGAUAUCUACACCCUUAUCAGCUCAACAGUCUAAUCUCACUUUGACCAAAUCUCAGUCUUAUCCUCACAGGUUAAUAUCUCCUCUUUUGAGCUUAAGUUGGCACUGUCAUGUGGGCCUUGUCCGUCAGUGUCGGCCUCUGCACACAACCAUCAGCAGGAGAGGACUUGAGGAGUUUUUUGACAUACCUGAAAACUGGGGGGAGUCAACCGUGAAGUCAGGGGCACCAUGGACGGCCAAGCAACUAAGGACAAAAAGUAAUGAAGACUUACACAAGCUCUGGUAUGUGCUCCUGAAAGAGAAGAACAUGCUGCUUACAACUGAGCAGGAGUCCAAAAGGCAAAGAAUUCAGAUGCCAAGUCCAGAUCGACUUAGGAAGAUUGAAAGGUCCAUGAACAGACUGGACACAGUGGUGAAGGAGAGAGAAGACGCCCUCCGUCUGCUCCAGACAGGCCAGGAGAGAGCAAGGCCGGGGGCCUGGAGAAAGGACGUCUUUGGACGGGUCUACUGGUACCGGUUUAGAGAGCAUGCCCUUCCUUGGUACAUGAACAAGAGAUACAAACGCAAACGUUUCUACACACCCCUAUUUGUCACCCCCCACAUGAGGCUUCGUCUAGAGAAACACCUCCGCGCUAAGACCAGAAAGCAGAAUGGAGAGAGACAAAAGCAAGCCAGGCUCCAGGAGAAGUUUCCCCAAAUGAAGUCCCAGUCAUCAUGAGACCAUUAAUGACCAAUAAACAUCAUUCUCCCUUCUGCCAUUGAUUGGAGCUUGUUACUGUACCUACAUUAAUUUACCCCCUGUUUUUUGCAUAAAUAUGUCUGUCAUCAGCAUUUAUUUGAUGUUGGUAGACUGUAGCAUUUGUAUGUCUUCCUCUGUAUCGUGAUGCCUUGACUUUGGUUAUAUGGUUAUUAAUAUUAAAGUGAUUAAACCACAGAAAUGUAAAUAUCCUUGAACAUAACUUAACAUUUUCAAUUUGAAAGAUUGCACCAAGAAUAAAUUGUGGGUGAAUAAAUAUUAAUCAAUCUA